AUGAGUGAAUCGGUUCUCUACCGCGUGCAAGACCAGGAUCCUUCGUUCGGCGGUGACGGCUUCGGCGCCGGCAGUGCCUGGCAGGUUCAGGUGUCUCUCUUGUCUCUUCCGCUCCGCCUUCCCGAGAGGAGAGGCAGGGAGCAAGCGGCGUGCGAGGAAGGCGCAACCCCAGGAUGCCCACGGAGAGAGAGGGCCGAAGGACAUCUGAAGGGGAAAAAAGGGGCGACAGAGACAGUCCGGAGACAGAAGGAAGAAGGCCAGGCGGGACAUGAGGCGCGUGAAGGAGCAAAUGGAACUUCCUGCGACAGGACAGGCGGCAACGCCCAGGACGCACGGCAAAACGCCGCUUCCGCGUCGCCCAUGUCUCCUCGCAUUUCGCGGAGACACCAGCCCAGUGCUGUCGAGCACCAGUUCGUUCUCCACGUCACCGCGGGCCGCGUCGACGAUCGCGUUUCCGCUUUCUCGUCGCCCCUUCCCGGCGUCUCCAGCGAGCCCGAAGGCUCCGGCGGGGCGACGGACCCCGACUUCUCUGCCAUACUGCCUCCGCCCCUCGCGGCUCCACGGCACACCUGCUCUAGUGGCCACACUUCUUCCUCUUGUUCAACGCCGACCUAUUGCGUCCAGCUGCCUCUCGGCCCCACGACCGGCAGGCGAGCUGCUCUGCCGCUUGGCGUUCAGUUCGUGCUCUUUGCGCCACCGUGGCGGUGGGUGAAACCGAGCGCGUACUCGAAUUUCUUCUUCAACGUUCACCACGCAGCCGCGCGGCUGCAGCUCCGCGUGGCUGCGGCCUUUCUCCGACGCGCCCUCUCGUCGCCCCUCUCGCUGGUCUCGCCCUUGUCUCCGCCGUCGCCUCGCUCGUCUGCUGUCUCCUCGCCUGUCUCCCUUUCUUCGCGCUCCGCGCCUCUCGCGCAGGCGUCGGGGGCCGGGGAGAGGCAGAGACGCGGAGAAGCAGAGAAGAGCGAGAGAGAACGGGACACGGAAGAGAAGCGGCGGCGAGGUCCCGGGCGGAAGAAGGGAGCGCGUGCAUGCAGAGUCGAGGGAGAGGGCGAGACACACGCGGCCGCGAACGGCGUGCACUCACACUCGACGGAAGGAGCGACUCGGCGCUGGCCCGUAGAUGGCUCUUUGUCUCUCCCGCAGCCCGCGGCCUCGACCGGCGUUCCUCUGCGAGGCGGCGUGAGCCCUGCGAGCUCUACCGAGACGGAAGCCGCCUUCGCUUCCGCCCCGGCACGUCCCUCUCCAAAUCCUUUUCCUUCCUUCUCAGCCGCCUCGUUUCCCUCUGCGUCCUCUUCCUGUUGUUCCUCGUCGCGGGAGGCAGGCGGAUGGACGCUGCAGGAGGCGGAGCUGCGCGAGUUUGGAGUGGGGGCGCCUCCAGCGUGGGAACUUCUGGUCGCAGCUUCGUGCAGCACGGAGGGCAGUCUCGAGUCGCGCUCGGCGUCUUUUUUUUCGGAGCAGAGAGACUCGCAGCUUCUCUCAGUCCAGGCUGUGUUGUGCGGCGCGGUCCGGCCUGAAGCGGCUCCAACCGCGGUGUGGAUGACUCCGAAAGGCCGCCGAGGAGAGCGGCUUCCGUCGCUCUCGGCGCUCAGCGCGUGGAAGAGCGAGGCGCGCAGUUUCUCCUCGGCGUCGUUCUUUUCCGUUCCUUCCCUCUCCUCACUCUCGCCUCCGGCUUUUCUGUGUUUCCCCGGCCAGGCGCCUGCAGCCGAAGACGGCGGAACGGCCUGUGGAAGCGAAACGCGGCAGGAGGCGUCGAGCGAGAUGCGAGAGGAACUCGACGAGGGCCUUUUGCCGUGCUGCUCGUCGUCGCUGUCCUUCGAAACUGCGAAGGAGCCCGUCGACGCGAGAGAGACGGGCGACGAGGCCUCGUCGCGGCGCAGUGCAGAGUCUCCUGCGCGAGAGGGGCGAAAGAGACUGCAGGCAGGAGAGGCAGAGAGACACGAGCAAGAGGUCGAGAUACACGAGGAAGAUUUCCUCUGGGCACCGACACUGCGUCAGCUGUGCAGCGCAGCCUUUCCACGUUUUGUCGUUGCCCGAUCUGGGAGAGGCAGAGAAGAGAACGAGGAAGAGCGUCCGUUGCUGGACGAGUUCUUUCGCUGCGAUGCAUGCAGAAGGAAUCCUCGCUGCGCCUGUCUCUCUCUCUCCCUCGAUGCGCCUCUGGAGUUCCUCCUCUCCUCCACCCGUCUCGUUCUCUUUUCUGCCGGUCGCAGCGCAGCGAAAGCGACGAGGUGCUGUAGGGGUCUUAUCGACGCCGUGGGCGGAAGCGAGGACCGGGACGCGUUUUUCGAGACGUCCCGCGUUCUUAAGAAUCGCAAAGGGCCGACCUCUCGGUUUCGCCCCUGUCUCCAGUUUGAGCUGCGGGCGCGUCGGGAAAAAGAGGACUCGGAGGAUAACGAAUCACGAGACGGCUCGGCUCUCCUUCUCUCUUCUCUCUCUGCGCCCUUCCCCCCUUCCCACUUUCUCCCUGCUUCUCUUCCUUCCUCGUCUCUUCCUUCCUCGUCUUUUCCUUCCUCGUCUCUUCCUUCCUCUUCUCUUCCGUCCUCGUUUUUUCCUGCCUCGUCUUUUCCUGCCUCGCCUCGGGACGUUCUUUCGUCCAGUUGCCGAGGAAGCCCCGGAGGGUCACGAGGAGACGCUCGCUCAGGCGUGAGCCUCCUGCGGCUCCAAGCGCAUCGGCAGGGUCCGGUCCUGGCAGGCACAGGGAAAAGUCCAGGUUUUCUCAGCUCUCGCGAUCCUUUUGACGCGACAGCCCGCGAUGAGACAGAUCCGCUUCUCUCGGGACCGAGCCUCGCCGUUUUCCCGUCGCCUGUGGCGCUGAACGCGCUGCGACGCCCCGAGAGUGCAGAGCGAAACGGAGACAAAAAACGCAACGCACCCCCGAACCCCCAGACGCCAACGCUGUCCGAGACGCGGAGAAGGCAUGCAGCGAGGAACAGGAAGACGGGUGUAGAUGGAGAAGACAAAGACACAGAAUACAAGGACACAGAAUACAAGGACACAGAAGACAGAGACACCGAAGGCAGAGACACCGAAGACAGAGAUAGAGGAAAGGGAGGAGAAGCAAGACGGCGUUUGUCUGUGUCUUCUGCCUGCCUUCGUGAGGAGGAGCGUGUCGCUCCUCUUCUCGCGUCGCGCGCUCUCCGUCAGCUUGGGCCUCGCAGAUCGCCCGAGCGGGCGUCUGGGAGGAGCGGGAAGAGUUGUCGUGCACACCCUGAAGACUCUCCGGAGAAGCCGAGGCACGGCGCGCGUAAGUCGGGAUCCAGAAGUCGCUUUCGGUCCACGGAGCGCUUGGAGAGGGCCUUGUCGCCGGCGCUUGGAGUCGGUUGCGGGGCGGAGACAGACACCGACAGCCGCAGUGUUGUCUCGCGGCGCAGACGCGCUACGGAAUCACGCGUCGGGCAGGGCGGCGAAGAACCGAUUUGCGAAAGAACGGAAGCAACGGACAUUACGACGCAGGCUGACAAGACGGAGCCGAGAGAGAGAGGGCCUGGCCAGUGCAUCCAUCGCCUCAUCAAGACUCUCCUCAACGAACCCGUGAGAGAAGCGUGUCUCCCCCGCGUUGCCUUCGCGGAUGAGCAAUUGCUGACAUUUAAACGUUUCGCGCUGACGGGCGACGACCGCGCGGAGAAGGGCGAAGCGGAAGCGGCGCUGCUCACUGCUCGGUCGCCAAACUGCGGCGAGGCCUCGACCCUCCAUCUGCGCCUCUCCGUCCUCUUGUGGGAGGAGAACGCGUCGCUGCUCCGGGCGCCCAGUCGGCUCGCGUUCGCCGGGACCGUCGCCGCGUCGCGUCACCCGCACGGCGGCCUCCCGUCCCCUUCCCACUCCUCGUGUUCCGUUUCGUCGGUUUCGGUUUCGGGUUCUGCGUCCUCGCCUGCCGAGCCGUGCUGGAUGCACUGGGGACUCAAGUUGGGUGUGAGAAAGGCGGUCCGACAGCAAGCGCGAACGCUUGUGCGCGCCGCCGUCGCGGGCAUCGCCGGCUCCGUCCUCCCGGCCACCGCCCUCGCUCUCGGACUCCCCUCCGCGUCGCCGACCAAACGCGACGCCUUCUCACUCCCGUACUCGCCCUCGGCCUUCGCUCUCGAAACGCGCGAAGGCGAGGCCGUCGACCGCCGCCUGCUCUUCCUGCAGCAACUCGCCGCAUGCGUCGAGAGAAUGGAAGAAGAACUCGACGAGAGAGAAGGAGAACUCGAAGGGAGAGAAGACUCAGAAGAGCGAGAGGGUGGUCGGAGGCGGGGCAGACAAGGCGGCAGGCGUGGAACGGCAGAUCGCAGCGGCGGUGGACAGGCGGGCGGCGAGGAAGGAAAAGACGGGAGAUUCCAGCGAACGCGCCUGGACCUCCGUUCCUGGACGCAGCCACCCAGAUCCUUCUGGCCUCUCGGCAGCUUCGCGACAGACGCUGUGAGUGUCGACUCGCCGCUGGUGCCGUUGCUGGUGACCGGGCGACGAACUGAGAGGCGGGAGACGGAGACACGAGCAAGCAAGGCACGCAACGGAAACGAGCAUCUCGAUGGGAUGCCUCCCUCCGCAUUCCUCAGACUGCAUGUGGGAGACGUGCGGAUCCCCAAGACGCUGCAUGGACGCCCCGUGCUCGGUGUGUACUUUGUGCUCCGCGUCGGCGCGACGCGAUGGUACCGUCAAAAGUACUUGGAGUUUCCCCGGGACAUUUUCGUCUCCGCGGACAGGUCUUCGUCGAUCGCCGCGCAGCCCCAGCGGCUGUUCUCCCUCCCGGCUCUCGCGCAGCAACUGCAAGAACUGCAACAGGCGCUGGUGAAGAUGCUUGCGCCCUCGCCGUCGCUCUUUGCGACGCUACGGCCGCUGCGAAAGACGCACUUGUUUUGGGGCGAUGCGCGGGAGCCGCGCGGGAGACAGGCCCCAGAGGCACAGGCAGGCCAGGAAAACGAGCAAGGCAAGUACAAUCCUCUUCUCGCUCUCGCCGUUCGCCUCCUCGAACAGCCCACUGCGCCCCUCCUCCUCCAGCAGCAGAAGCAAAUUGAACUCCUCGUCUCCGCCUCGUCGUUUCUCUCGAACCCCGAGUUUCGGAAAACGCAUGCAGUCCGCGGUGCGUCGCCGCGCGGCGCAGCGGCGAGCCACGCGAGAGACAACCAGAGAAAGAACCAAGGAGAAGGCGAAGAACAGGACGAGGAAACAAACGAGGAAAACAACAAGGGACAAGAGGAGGGAAACAACAGGGGACAAGAGGAGGGAAACGACAAGGGACACGAGGAGGAAAACGACAAGGGACAACAGGAGGAAAACGACAAGGGACAAGAGGAAAUAGAGGAAGAGGGAGGCGGUCUGGGGGGAACCGAGGAAGGAUACGGGAAGGCGAGAGAUGGAAACGAAGGCGAGAGGGAAGGGAAGGCGCGAUGUGGAGGCAUCGUCGGGGAAGCGUCUUUUUCGUCGCCUUGCUCUGCCUUUCAGUCUUUCGCUGACGGGCGUUCUUUCGCUUUUAAUCGUUGCUCCUUCGGCUCGUCCUUUUCCUCCCUGUUUCCUUCAUCAUCCCCUCCUGCUUCGCCGCCGUGGGCUUCUUCGUACGAGUCCUUCUUCUCCGCAGCCGCGGCUCCUGGGUCGUGGCCUUUGGUGCGCUGCGCGAGUGUCCUUUUGCGUCUUCUGGACGAUUCAGGCGAUCUGGGAGAGACGUCAACUGCGGAAAAGGAAGAAGUGAACUUCUGGGCUUGGCUGUACGCGUACGCCUCUCUCGAGCGCCUCCAGUGGACCUACGAAGCCACGCUGCAACAGCAGAAGGCGCAGCGCGAGCAACGUCGACGUGUUGUGGAAGAGAUGCAAAGGGUUCUCCGACGCAAGGGAGAAAACGAAACCCAAAGAGACAAGCAGCCACACACAAACCACGCACAGUGCCCUGACCAUCUACACCAAACCCCGCAGGGCGUCCCAGCCUACUCCUCUUUCGUUUCAGGAAGUCGAGAUCUUGUGUUUCUCUGUACGCCGGUGAUUCCCCCCUCGGCGCUGCCUGUGGUGGAGAGCCUGCUGCUGCGUCUCGCGAGUCUUUGGAAGAAAUACGUGAAAAAUCGGCCUUUUAUUCGAAUGCUUAUAGCCAUCUUUGCGGCUCCGUUCGUCGCAGGGCGCGUUGUCGAGGCUCUUCUCGGCGUUCUCAGACACUUCCGACUCGCGCAGCGCCAGGCCUUCUUCGAACAGUGGGCUUCCCGUCUCGAAUCGGAUCCUUCCCCUCUUGUCGAUGCUUUCGCGCCUUCGUCUGGAGAACGGCGCGGGGCUCCUACCAACGCUCCUUACUCCUCUGUUUCUUCUUUCGCGUCUUCCGCCGACCCUUCUCGGGGUGGAACUCUCGGCGGCGACAAGGAAUCACGCGGAGGGGCGGGCGGCGCGGGGGAGAGGCCAGAGGAAGUGGGGGGAAACAGAGAGACGCGAGAGUCGAGGAACGUGGAGAAACAGACACUGGCGAGUUUGCAGCGAAUGAAUGCCACAUCCGACUUGAGUCUUCUCCGCGCCUCCGUAAGGUACAUUGAGAGCGGCGGGAAGGCGACAGCCUUCUGGGCGGGGCUGGGUGUAUCCCAGGAGACGUUUGAAAGUGUCUUGGCGAGCGAAGCAGACGCCCCAUACGAGGCGUCGGCGAAAGUAAGCUUUUCUAAUGGGCGCGGCGGAAGCGAACGAAAAGAGCGAAGGCUUGUGGCAAACCGCCACAGCGCCGGCCUCGCCUCGCUCUCGUCGACCUGUGUUUCCUCUUCUUCGCUCUUCAACGGACUCUCGGCGGUUCCUCUCGACUUUGCCUCGCAUCAGUCUCAGUCCUCGCCGACUUUCCCCACGUGGCUGUCUGAUGCGUCGUGCCCAGGCGCUUUUCCCCCUUCGAGUGUCCCUCCUCGGUCUCCAAUUGUGUCGACGGCGAAUCCCCUUUUUCGCCGGAGCCGCGCGCGCGCUCCCCUCGAGGGGGGGGUCUGCGAAGGGCGUAUGGCGCAGCCUGCGAGCCGCCAGGUCGGCGCCGCGGUCACGAGCGAGGAGACAGAAGGAAAAGGGGGGAAAGGAGACCGAAAAGAGGAAGAAGGAAGCGAACCGGGAGAAGAAAGGGUCGGGGACCUGGGAGGCGGCGAGGAAAGAAGAGGGAAAGGGAGUCUCCGGCGCGACUCGAGUGUACGCGAAGGCAAACGGGAAAGGGAAGAGAGCACGAGCACGGCAAGCUCACAAGACUUCCUCUCGGGUCCUGAGCAGAUUGAAGCGUCCAGGGCGCUGCGACAGUGUCUGCUGUCUCUCCAUCGAAUGUCUCGUCAGCCGCGCGCAUGUUUGUCUCCGUCUUUUUGGGAAGAUCGAAAACCCGACCACGGAGCCGCAGGAUUUCGUCCCUCAGCGAACAGAGGCCGAGCUGCUGGCGGAGAGGCUGGGGCGACAGGCAGCGAAGAAAGCAGAGAAGGGCGAGAACAAGAGAGAGAACAAGAGAGAGACGAGGAGGAAGCGACACGAUGCGGGCUGGCUUUAGCGGGUGUUGUAGGCCUGCCGACGGACGUGGCUUCGAACUUUUUUUGUUCCGAAGAAGCGCGUCUGCCUGUGGAACUCGACGGAUUGGUUCGUGAAAUUUGCAUGCAUCCAUGUCUCCAGGAGUGCUCGUGUUCUCCCGCGCCGCGCGUCUCCAGCGACACCGACGAACGCGAAGAGCGCGAACCAGGAGAGAAAGUGGAAUCGGAGGCGCAAGCAGCGGAAGGGUCCGGCGAGGGCGACGAAGGCCGAGGAGACGCUCACGAGAGUGCCUCUGUUGCAACGCCGUUCCUGCCUCUCGUCGCGGUGGAAAGAUUUCGCGCUCAACGGUGCAGUCGCCGCGACCUCGCCUGCUUGCGGGGUCGACGGACGCCCAGCGACCUGCGCUUGUGGUGCGCCUGCGUCUCGCUGCCGCCGUCCUCACCUGACGAGCCGAACGACUGCAGCUGGCCGUCUUCGUCGCGUACUGGAGGUCUCUCCGACCGCUGCUGUGUCUGUCUCUUCACGCUCGUGGGGCGCGCGAGAGCGAGCGUCCUCCCAGCGCUCAUGGAGUGUCCGGACGACGCUGCACGCGCAACGCUUCUGCUCCUCGACUUGGCGCUCGAUGAGCUGCAUCAGACGCUCGUUCGCCGUCUCUUCGGGGUGUACAGGCAGCAGCUCGAGGCGGGUGAACAGGGUGCGGAGAGGGGUCCGAGCGCGCGCGUCUGGGGAGCACCUGGAGACACGGAGACGGCGAAGAAGGCGAAGAGCCAGACAGCGCUGCGAGGACGCGAGAGAGUGGCGAGGACGCGGAGAUGGAGCGGCGAGGCGGAAGAAGACCCGGCUAGAGACGGACGACGCGAGAGAGGAGACAGGGAGGAGGAGGCGCGUUCGGGACGAGAGAGAAAGGAAAGAAGAGCGAGCGAAGAGCAGCUUCGGGAUGCGAAGCAAGGAACCACAUGUCCGCCAGAGAUGCGCCAACCCCCGUCGCCAGCCGACAGAUGCGGCAGCAGCGACCUUAGUUCCUUCAGUGCUGUCUCGUCCUCUUCUCUCUCUUCUUUCUCCUCUUUCUCUUCUUCUGUUUUUUCCUCUUCUGCCUCUUCCUCUUCUGUCUCGUCGCCCGUCUCAUCCUCAUCUUCCUGCGCAUCCCUGUGUUGCUCGGACUCGCUGUGUGUGGAGUCGCCGCUUCGACGAGCAAGGCGACAUCAAUCGACGCGCAUGCAGGCGCUCUGCGUCUCUGCAGAGUGUCCGGUGAUCGCACGAGUGGCACGGGAGCGCGCGCGGGGGUCCGACGCGUUCUGGCCCGCGUGCAUCUGCUCACUCUUUCCUCUCCUCGGCGCUCUUCUCCCUGGCCUCGUCAUUCUGCAUCCAUGGUACGAGGAAGUCGACGCGCUCUAUCGCGACUGGCGAUUUAUCUCUCAACUCCUCGAGGGAGAAGCCUCCAGGUCACCGUGUGUUGCCGCGGCUGAGAGGACCGGGAGCGGCGCAGAGGCCUACGCCACCGACUGCACGCAUGCACCGGACUCCGCGCCGAGCCAGGAACUCCCGCGCUCGCUCCUCUUCCUGGUCGCCGUCACACGGAGACUCGAACGCUGCGUCUUGCGUCUCGUGGGACUCCUCGAAGAAAACGUCGACGGGAAAUUCGCCUUCUUUAUUCAGGCUCGUAACGGUCCCUCCUCGCUUGCAUGCGCUCUGGUGGAGCGGUUUGUGCACAGUUCGGUCGUUGACGCCAUCGCUGUGGUCCUCCAGCAACUCUCUAUCUCCCUCUCGUUCUACUACCCAUCGGUCUCCUCCGCUGUCUCCAUUCUCCCCACAAACAGCAACGCGGCCGCAGGCGUCCUCGCCUUCCUGCCGUCGCUUUCCAGUGCGCAGUUCAUCCCGCCGUCGUCCUUUCCGCUGCUCCUCGCGUCUUCGCGCUUCGACGAAAACGCGACGCUCCCGGCUUAUAUUCGGGCAGUUCUCCUCUGCCCCGGAGCCGCGCCGUAUCUCGAAAGAGUGAAGGGGCCGGUGCUGGUCAACCAGUUGAGCCGUCUAUCCACGAUCGGUCGCUUGCUCACCGCCGCGCGCAGGGCGCCGAGUGCCGAGGCCGAGUCUUUGGGGUCAGGCACAAAGCUGCGCAACCCGCGGGAAAAAGGGGAACAAGGCGAGAGGACAGAAGCCCGCAUCGCCGGCAGGACACUGAGCGGGAACAGCGAAGAAGGCCCCGUUCCUUCUCUGCGGCGUUGGGAGGCGGAACGACGAGAGCCGAGAACAGAGGAGAGGAGGACGGAGACUGAGGGCUGCGAGGAAAGCAGUGCAGCGCGCCGAGACACCCGACAAGUCGGUACGUCACGGCUUUUGUGGAGUUGCGGAGACGGCGAAACGGACGGGCUGGACCCCGCCGCGGCCGAAGGACACGAGCACAAAAACGCGCCGAGGGGUUUGGAGCCCAGCGGCAGCGCCGGCUUCCGGCCGUUGUCCUCCGACAGGCGCGACAUCUCGUUCUCGUCCUCCUUGUUUCCGCGUGUGUGUCUCUCUCCCCGCGCGUCGAGUCGUCCUCGUCGGCGAGAGGCGGGCGAAGGCUCGCGAAACGCCCAACUCGCUGCGGAAUUGUCCUGGACCUUUCAGGAGCUUCAGAUCGCGGCUGCAGCUGCGCUCGCUGCGGCGGAGUCGGGGGAUGUCGCGUCGCCCUUGCGCUUCUACGCGCCAUGCCUCACGAGUCGCCUGGUCCUGCGUGCGCGCGCGCAGCAGUGCCUGGUCGCCGUGAGUUCCGAUCCGGCGUUUUUCCUCGCGCUUCUCGUCGACCUGAUUCAGCAACGCAGGAGUACGCGGCACGUGGCCGCGGAAGACGACGCACCGCAGGUGGGUCGGAGACGCGUCUGUACGUCCUUCGCGAGCGGGUCGCGGAAAAACAGCCUCGUGGUGGGGCGCCGAGGCCUCGCGGGCUUCUUCUCGCGCAGCUCGCCCGUCGUGGGGAGGAAAGGCGAGGCGGACGAGACGCGCGUCAAGCGAGGUGCGGCGUCUGCGGCGCGGCGUGCGUUCGGCGACCGCAGCGAGACACUCAGGAGAGAGGAAGAACGCGCGACACAGCUCAACUCGUACAUGGGAGAGAGGCGCCGGAGCGUGGCCGAGGUUCUCCAGUUCCUGGAUCGACGGCGAAAGCGAGUCGCGUUGUGCGCCCACCGCUCCUGCCGCACGUCUCUUUGCACGCGUCGAGGUCGACGAGCCGGCCGUCUCCGUGGCCACCACGCCGCGAGGCACGAACCUUGGCCCCUCGCGUCUCGCCCGUCUUUCCUCGCUUCGUCCGUCGACAAGCUCAGCUCGGCCCUGGCCGCGGCCUUCGCGUCCUCGGGAGCUCUCUUGAUCCAGCGCGACGUCGAGAUGCACAGCUACGUCCAUGGGCAGGCGCUGCGCGUGCGGAGUGCCCCGUCGCUUCCGAACCGCACGACCGAGUUGUUGCAGUUGCCGCUCCUGCUCCUCCUCUCGCAUCCGCAGCUCGUUCCGCUUCUUCCAGAUUUCCUGCAGAAGGCCUGGCCGUUCGCCCUCGAUGAGGGUGCGCACGCAGGAGACGCUCUGGAGCUCCAGGCGCUCACCGACGCCGCGGUGGCUGCGGCGACUGCCAGUGCCGAGGGGAGCGGCCUCGUCGAAGACGAACGAGAAGACGGCCCCGACGCGAGAGCCGAAGGCGAAGGCUCCGACGAAGCAGACAGCGACAGCUUCUUCCUCGCCAGAGCCGCGACGGCGCGCGCCCGUUGCGCGCCCUUCCAGCGGGGCCGACGCGACCGCCAGGGCGAACCAGAGGGAGACACAGACGCAGAGAGGGCGGAGACAGUCGGAGAGAGGAUGGAGAUACACGGAGAGAUGAUGGAGACACACGGAGAGAUGGCGGUGACAGACAGGCGCGAUGUGGCACGCGAGCUGGAGACGCAGUCCGGAAGGCUGCAGGCGUCCAUGGUCCGCCCGGAAGCGCGGGGCGACGAGGUGCGGCCGGGAGGAAGAAGACGAGAGAGCGGGGAGCUGGACCUGCGUGCACCACGGCAAACGCAGUCGGAUCUGUGCAGCUGCGAGGACUGUGAGGAGGUCGAGAGCCCCAGGACUCUUGGAAGGCUGGACAGCCAGUGCGAAGCGGCUGCAGAGAGGCGACACGGCGAAGAGGAGAGGGACGAGAGCGAUCUCGCUGUCAGUGGGAAGGCGGGAGAGCAGACCCUGCCGGGCUUCGAUUUCGUGGCUGCGUCGUUACAGGUGUGUGCACUCUGUGAAGGUCCAGUGAAGAAGCGGAAGAGAGACUCCUUCGCGGCCGUUCUCAGUUCUCUGUGCGCCCCCUUUGCUGUCUCUCGCUGUCUCUCGUCCCACCGGUUUUGCGCGUCCCGUUCUUCGGUCGCGCCCGUCGCGUCCAUCCCGCUGGAGGGCCCGCUCUCGCGUUUCUCGUCGUCGCCCGCGUCUCCGUCGUCCACGCUCCUGAUUGAGCAUGCGUCGUGGGGCGAUCCGUUCCGCCUGCCCCUGCGCAACGCGCCGAUCUUCCCGCCGAUCUACGAGGCGCUCUCGGGCGCAGAUGGGAACGAAGCCGAGGAAGGAGCUGAGGAAGAAGCCUUCGUCGAGGCGAGCGCGACCGCCGCGGCCGUCGCUGCGUGCGCCGCUCUCAACGCUCCGCCAGAAGCCACAGUGAAAGCAGUCGCCGAGGCGAGGGCGCGGAGCAGUCGGCGUCUCUUGCGUCACAUUCGAAGCCGCCAGAAACGCGCCAGCUCCCGCGGGUCCCAGGCCGCUAGUUGGGCUCCACGUGUCUCCGCCGGGCCCGUCGCUCAGGGAGGUGUUCCUCCGUCGGGGCUGUCUGUGUUUCUGGGCAAGCGCCGUGUGUCCCCGACUGCCGAGAAGGCCGGCGAUCGGGCGCACCUGACGGAGAGCGAGGCAGACAGGGACAAACUCGAAGAGACAGAGCUGGCCGAACGGCCGCGCAGCCUGGAACCGCCUGGAGGCGGGUCGGAAGCGUGUGGGCAGUUCGCGGCGGGGCAGCGCGAGAGCGCGGAGACGUCGGCGCACGAUGAAGACGGGAAAUGCAGCCCAGUCCACGAAUUGACAGAGGAAGCGCGGUCGCCGCUCGCAGCCGCCAAGGCCGUGACCACUGAUCUCGCGAGGCCUUCUGCGUCGCCCUCGUCGCCCUCCUCCCCGGCAGCGCUGGCAGCUCUCUUCGCCACUCCCUCGCCGGAGAAAUAUCCGUGUUCGCCGACGGGUGUCGCCGCGAAGGCCUCUUCACUGUUUCUGUUGAAGCGGGGCGACGGCGCUGCGUCGCGCAGCAGCGCGUCGUUCUUCUCGUCCCGGUUCUCCACUGCCUCGCACGCCUCGUCCCCGCCGCGGUGGAUCCUGGGAGUCGAAAGCUUCCAGCCCCACAGGGUGGGCCCGAAGGGGCUCUCGAUCGCGCUGCUCCAGCAGUCCCCGAUUCGCGGCUGUCUCUCUGCGACGGCGGCCGUGCCGUUCCACGCCUUUGAGCGCACGCUGCGGCACUCUGUGAAUCGGGAAGUCCGGCGGAAACUCCAACAGAUUAUUUCCGCACUCGACCUCUCGGGCGAAAUGGAGAAGCUUCGGCAAACCCCGCACACAGCGAAGGCCGCUGCGACCGCCGCCCGCGCAGGAGCCGCCGUGGCCCGCGCCAUGGGCGAGUCGGCGCCCGACGGGACUCUCGCCGCGUCGGCUGUCGCCGGCGGAGAGACUGCGCUGCUGCACACCGUGCUCCAGCUGGAGAAGCUUUUGAAGCGCGCGAGGCAUCUGGUCCGGUCGCUCCAUCUACCCCCGGACGCGUUUCGAGAUUUGUACCUUUUCUGCCGCACGCCGCAAGGUUCAACCGAACUGAGUCGAGGCCGCGUCGAAACCGGGCGCGAGGCCGGGAGGCGCGAGGCGAGAGACGGCAGAAGAGAAGCGCGAAGCGAAGACGGAGACCAGAUGGCGUGCAGACGAGAGAGAGCGCGGGACGACGCCGGAGAGAGGGGAGACGCCGGAGAGAUGGGAGACGCCGGAGAGAGGGGAGACGCCGGAGAGAUGGGAGACGCCGGAGAGAUGGGAGACGCCGGCGAAGCGCCGAGAGGGCGGGCGAGGACGUCGACGGGUGCACUGGAGACAGAGAGGGAAGCGCGAGAAGCCGGACCACGCGGGGAGUGGCCAAGCUCUGAAAACGGCGGCGGGCGCGGGGAAGGAACCGAGGCGGCUCGGAUGGAAGACGAACAGAGACUCAUUCAGCGCAGGCAAUCCACGUUGAAGACCCUGCUCCAACAAAACCCCGAACAACUGUGGAACUGCGUCAAGAACGUCUGGUGCACGCUGUUCUCGCCCAGCGUCGUUCUGGCUGUCCAGCGAGCCCAACUUCGGUUCUCUCAGAUUCGCAUCGCGGUUCUCCUCCAGCUGGUUGAAGGCGUGUGCGAAGCGUCCUUUCUGUGUCGCACUGAUAUGGGGAGUCUGUACAGCCGCGCGCCUGGCGUGAAUUCCGGCUCCGGUCCCCCUCGGAGUCCCGCGCACCCCAGUGCCGAGCCAGGCCGGAGCGGCGGGGCGCCAGACGACGCGGCGUCGGCGAGCGCGGCGCGUACGGACCACCACGGCGCUCACCUCAGGCAGCUGAGGAGCGAGGGCGACGCGUGGAGGACAAGAAGGGGGGCGUCGGCGAGGGAUCUCGGCGAUGCGACAGAGCGGUUUUCGAGGGCGUGCGAGACGCUGGACCGUCGGAGUGGAGUCACCCUUUCUGGAGACACUUACUGUUCUCGGUCCUCCGUGGGGCCGCGGUCCUCGAGCGGCUCGGACUCGUCUCCGUCCCGGUUUCCGGGCGGCGCAGAGCCCACGUCGCGCAGUCGCGACUGCUCGCCACCUUCCGCCGAGGCUCCUGAAAUCCGAGAGUUGUACGGCGAGGUGGUUCUCGGUCUGGGCCUCGCCCCGCGCGAGCUCCUGGAAGGCGCCGCCGCGAGUCCGGGCGAGCCGCUGCUCUUUCGGACGCGGUACACGGCUCCCGACCAGCCUCUCGGGGCUUCUCUGUGGGGUGCGGGCGGAGACAGAGGAGACGCGGCACGCGGGCGGCCCGACGGGACUGAAGGGACGCUCCCGACAACAGGCGCGGCGCAGGACGACGCGGAGGGGACAGCGCCGGAGACUCCAGGCGAGUUGGGACUCGAAGGGAGACGCGCCGAGGCGCCCGGAGCGCGCGGCGACCGCCUCAGAGAGAGACAGAGAGAUCGAAGCCAAGAGACAGGGCGCCGGGAGGCCCCCCCGGAGGGCAGAAGCGUCCCUGAUCCCGGACGCGAGCGCCGGACGCGGGAAGCGGUCCACAGCUCGCCUCCCUUCCAGGCUCCGCUGCAUCCGAAUCCUGGAGGCGUUCGUUUCUCCCUGGCUCCCGACAGUGCUCAGAUGCUUCACGAGGCGUUCGCUCCAGAGGCGCCAAUUGGAUUUGCGCAGGCGCCGAGUCCGGUGCGCUCGCGAGGCUCUUCCUGCUCUUUGCGUUCGGCGAGUGCGCGUCGCUGGCGGGAGACAGGCCCCGCUCCACGGCGCUGUCCGUGCUGCCAGGGGGCGAAGAACAGCGGAGCCUGUCGGUGUGUCGACACCGGCACAGGGUCUCGGGUGGCGCCGCCUCAGAUCGACAGGUUCCCGUCAGCCAGUACCCUUCUGCGCUGCUCCUCCGCGUGUGUGCUGGUCUCUGCCGACCUCAACGUCGAGGGCCUGGAGGCUAUGAUGGCGGUCGACGGGGUCAUCGCAUGCAUUCAACACCAAGUGAACGAGCGCGCACGUCCCCACCCGCCGCCGAUUCCGCGGGCUUCCCUCGCCCCUCCAGAGGGGGUCAUGGCCUCCUGGCCCCAGAACGCCGCGCCCUCGGUGCGCGGGCCCUCGCCCGCCAGUCCUGUGGGGUGUGUGUCCACGCCCGCGCUGGGCGACGGCGGCGCGAAGGGCGGAGGGCCCCGGGACUGCGGGCACGCGGGCCGAGCCCCGAGGCCCGCAGGGGCCAACAGGCCCGCCCUGGACGGGGGCGGGGCCCGGGCCCUCGCGAACUUCGCCUCCACGGCGUCGCUGCCUGUGGGAGGGACGGUUCCGAGGCGGUGGCGAGUCGAGUACCACCGAGAAAAGUGGAUUGUUGACGAAGCGUGGAGAGACGCGCACCUGCUGCAGGCUGCGGCGGCGGCAAUUGAGGCCGAAAAGGCUCUAGGCUUCCCACAAAUUGUCCACGGAAUGUGGGUCACGUGCUACGCAGAGGGAGAUCAGGGACGCGUGGAAGAAACCGGCGCCCGGGACGCCCUCGUCCUCCUCAGCUCCAGAUGCGUGCCCGCAAUCGAGCAAGAAGAGCCAGCUGAAGAAAGGAUGCUCUAA